AAUAACAAACAAACGAGGGAAAGUUGUACCGUUUUGUAUGAAAACGGCCCUUAAAUGUCCACCGAAAGGCAACAAUCACCGUCUAAAUUAUCAGAUCGAUGGAUCCAAGAAAACAACGAAUUGGUCAACAAAUGGAAGAACAGAGACCCUUCAAGCCGAGACCAGAACCACGCCAUUUUAUUGUUGUCAUCUGAGUUCCACAAACUUUUAAGAAAAAUACAAGGUCUUCCUCUGCUUGAAGAUCACACUCGGUUGGAGUUGUGUGUGGUGUACAAUGUUUGUUUGCUCUCCAUCGCUCUGUCUCAGAUGUCAGAAGCUGAGAUGCUCCUCACACAAACUAUGGAAAGAGUUUUACAGAUGACAAGAGUUGAGCCAAUGGCCUCCUCCCCACCAGAGUUUUGGCGUACAGUUGUGACAUCAGUGGAAAACAGACCAUUCAAUUCCAGUGUACAGAACCUGCUGUGUGUGCAGUGGGCUAUCUGGUUGGCCAACUGUACACUUGAAGCCAUAGAACGACUUCAGGGGGAAUUUUCCUCUCUUUCUGCAGGACUUCAACAAGACAUAAGUGAAGCAAGGCGAAUGUCUUCAAACGUUCCGCUUUUGGUGAUGGAACCAAGAAACCUUCUUGAAUUGUUGCAAAUUUGCACUCUCAUCACCCAAGGCGCAGAGCGACUGAACGAGGGUCGAAGCUCAGCGGCUCUAACUGGUCUGCAGGCUGCUUCCUCGCUGCCUGCUCCCAGAACUCUGGUGGCAUACACGCACCUGCUAUCUGGCUCCUGUCUAGCCCACACGGGCCGUCCUCAGAUGGCACUGCAGUGUUUCAGGAAAGCGGUGGAGACAGAUUUUCUGUGUGUAUGUGCUCUAUAUCAGAGUGUACUCAUCUUCAGGUGCCUGGGGAACACACAGGCGGAGAUACAAAUGCUUCGAUUGUUGCACUCUACACUGAUGUUGCCCUCCACCUCUGAGCCUUUUGCAGCCAGCGAUCAGAUCUUCUCUCUGUCCAUACUCCUAAAGAGUCAAGCCCUGCGCAGUCUCCUUUUUGUCCCAACUGCCCUCAGUGUCCUUCACAGUUUGGCCCAGAAAUGCGUGCUGCAUUCAAGGGUGUCUGAAGGUGUGGAAUGUUAUCUGGAUCUGCUGGCUGCUGUUCAUUCUGAAGAACACAGCGUAUGUUCAGAGGACUCUCACCUUCCUCGGUUACCUGAACUUUACCUGGAGGCCGCCACCUCCUUGCUCAUGGCCGAGCGGCCCGUCGAUUGCAUGACUUUGUGUGAUGAAGUCAUCACCACCACGGCGGAGCUGCUGCCAGAGCGCGUGGUGCUGGAGGAGCCAGAGGAAGGGGUUGAGGAGUCGGCUAUGUGUGCUGAAGGUGAACAGGAUCGGGUGGCGAUGCUGUUUUGGACGGGGGCGGCGUACCUCCUCCAGGGUCACUGCUGCUGUCACCUGCAGGACUGGAAGCAAGCUGUGGCUCAUUACACAAGAUGUAUUAACCUGCUGGUGAAGGUGCGCUUUAAAGAAAAAGGCGGCCAACCUCAAAUCCCCACUCCAGACAUGUGUAAUGAGAAAAGAGCAGAUCUUCAGAUUCUACAGAGGAUGAAGGGUCUCUCAUUAGCUGGGAGGGGCAUCAGCUUCGCGCAGACCGACCAGCUUCGACACGCACAAAGAAACCUCCAGCUCAGCCUGCACGCUUUUCCAGAGUAUGUGGGUGCAAGACUGUGGUGUGGAGAGGUGCUGUGGAGGCUCAACAGGAAACGAGAGGCAGCCGCAAUUUGGGAGAAGACAUGGAACAUCAGCGUACGCUCAGCAGAGAACAUUCCUGUGUACUUGUGGGAACCCCAGUCCGGACCCAUGUUGGACUCUGCAGAGCUUCGCCGCAGAAUACGUGAACUUGAUUCCAGCUAGCUCACCUUGAGCGAUGAAGAAGAAUGUUUUGUUGAAUGUUGACAGGGGGAAAAAACAAUUUUGGAAAAAAAAACCCACCACUUCAGCUGUUUUCUGUAAACAUAUGCUGGUUUACAAGUUACAUCAGAAUCAGAAUCAUCUUUAUUUGCCAAGUAUGUCCAAAACACACAAGGAAUUUGUCUCCGGUAGUUGGAGCCGCUCUAGUACAACAGACAGUCAAUUUACAGAACACUUUGGAGACAUCAGUCAAUUUACAGAACACUUUGGAGACAUAAAGACAUUGACAAAAAAACAAUUGUGCAAAAAGAUGCAGAGUCCUCGAGCACUUAGAGCAGUUCGAAUGACUAAUAUUGCAAUAGUCCGGUGCAAUGACCAUUGUGCAAAGGGCGCCGAGACUUCAAGGAGUGUAUGCGGUUUAAAGUGACGAGUAGUGCGAUCA